AGAAGAGUGAUCCUUGGCACCAGUGGGCGGUCAUGGACAUGUCAGGUUGUCCCGGCGGCCCCCGAGCGAUGCCCAAGAGCAUACGUCGGCUUGUCUACGCAGCCGUCUAGGCUAGGCUCAGGCCAUUGUGGCGUAGGGCAUUGUUGUGCAGACCGCUCGAGUCGAACGGAGUCGUGAAGGCAUAGGUCUGUGUCUGCAUGGGGUGUAGCAGCCUGGAGUUCAUCGUAUCUCGCCGCUGUCUUGGGUGCAUGGUACCCGCGCUCUACAUCACCAUUGCCAUGAACGAGAUCGUGCAGUUCUCUUGUAUAGCAUUGUACAUUGCUUUCUCGUUGUGCAAUGGCUCCACUCCCAUGGAGUGGAUGUUUCUGGCUCUCGCAGCGAUCACCAAUCUAGCAAGGAUGGGCUUCAGCUUAGCUUCUCAUUGUCCCUUCAACGGUAGAUGGCGCUGGCUACCUGGCGACAAGAUCGAGCAUGUUUUCAAUGCAUGUUGCGUCCUUUUCGCAGGUACAGCCACUGCUUUCAUUUGGGAUCUAUACCAGUCUCGACUGAACCACAUUGAAGUGCAUCUGUUCCGCCGUAACCUUUCGAUUUGCGUGGUGUCUGUCGGUGCUAGCCUUUCGAUGGUCGUUCAGUUGUUCAAGAUGCAAUACAUCGAAGAACACCGCAACAUCUCGCGUUCCAGGGCAGGUCCGUUGACGAUGACCCUGGCUGGACGCAGUUUACCUUCUAGCAAGAUGCAGCCAACCGUUGUUUCUUUUGAGCUUGAUGAGGAAACAGCGGCUACGCUUGAUGUGGCGCGCUCUCCUUGCGUCAUUUGUUUAGGUGAAGUCGUACCUGGAUGUCCAGUUGGCAGGCUUCCAUGUGGCCAUUUGUUUCAUGACGAUUGUAUAGGGCAGUGGCUGAAGCACGGGCCUCGUUGCCCGAUGCGAUGCUCCGCAACGGACAUGAAGGGCAUUUCUGCCCAGGUCAACCGUCUCGAGGCCACUUGCUGAGAGCGCCGACAGUGCUGCGUCCCCAGCCGGAGCCCGAGGCCAGAAUGAAGGGUGGGUCUCGGGGUCGGGGUCAUGGUCAGGUGUUGUCGUGUCGUGGGAGGGGGGGUUGGAUCCUCCGCGAGCGGGAAGCGCAGCGGUGGAGCGUGAGGGCGCUUCGCCCACUUUUACCUCCCCGCCGCCGCGAGAGAGUGCGGGGCUCAGCCUGGAGCCAGGCAGGACCCCGCGCCGUGCGAGCCUGCGCCCCGAGCCCUCCGCGUGGGGGCCUAGUGGCUGCGGGCCUUGGCCAGCGCUCUUCGCGCAGAGGGCAGCAGAUCGGCAUUUCAACGCCUCUCUUGGAAUCCCUUCUGACACGCCCCAGAGCGCUCCACCGUUGCGGUCCUGGGGCUCCAUGGGCUCGAUUCGGAUCGAAUCCUCGUCUUACCUGUUCCCCUGGGCGACACACAUUCAGUUUGACGAAACUCCUUCUUGGGCGCACGGGGGCUGUGCAUCAUACGACCUGCCUCCAUGAAUAGUAGCACCAUGGGUCCACGCAGCGUUCACCUGCCAGAGGAGGAAAG